UUAGCCAGCAGCGCUGAUUAUGAGCUUGAGCCGGAAAUAAAUACUCUCAAACUGGAGUCCAUCGCCCUUCCAAAAGCAACAAUGCCUGGCUCACUUUUUCCACGUUCACCAUCUCUAAUGCCUAGUGAAGCGGGUCAGCGUCACCGAACCGGUGCAGAAGAGGAAGAAGAACCACGAGUUAGUUGGAAUUUUGGUUUUGAUGAGAACGAAGCAGGCCCAUCUUCCGGACCUGUUCCUCCAACGCAGUUGUCACCCACAUCGCCGUUCCGUCCUCCUCUCGUGCCCUCGGUCAAGGACGCUGUUUCAAAAUUUCACACGGGCCCAGAUAUCGACCCAAGGAUCCUUUUGCCCUCACCCCCUCGCAGAAAAGGCAAGGAAAGAGAGGUUAUAGAUGUAGAUGCUGACGAUGACAGCUGGCUCAUGCCUCCUCCACGCAGCAAUCGCCACAUUGCAUCAGACGGUGAUACAUCUCGAGAAAUACGGGUAAAAGGUAAAGAACGAGAAUUAUCUGCGGCUAUAGAGGAGCACAAAAUGAAGGAGAAAAGAUGGGAACGAGAUAAGGAAAGUGUCACUGGCGAUGAAGAGAAUGUUAUAAGAGAAAAGGAACGCGAUAAAGAGAAAAUUCGAAAACUUGAAGAGGAGAUCGAGAGACUUAAAGAGGAGCUGCGCAGGAGACCCGCCCCAACUCCUCCGUUUCCAAUACCACCACCACCACCACCACCACCGCAACCUCCUUUAGCAAUCUCUAUUGCUGCGCCCUCUGCAUUAAACAACAGUAAUGCACCAGCUCCGUUUGCCCAUGCUCGUGCUGCGCUCAAUCACGCUCCUACCCCCAAGGAAGCUCCAAUAAAUCCACCAAGACGGGGUGGACAGCCUACUGUGGGCGUUACUGCCGACAAGAUGGCUGCGUUUUUGACCGAAAUGAAGACGGUACGACUGCGAAAAGUCGGUAGUCAAUCGACUUUGGGUAAGAGUACCGGCAAUCUCAGCAGGAGAGAUAGCUUUGGUAACGACAAUAGCCGAAGAGAUAGCUUUGAUGACUUGAAUAUAGAGAGGAGUCGACUCAGCAUCAGCGAUCUGAGGACCACCAAAGAAAUCUUAGACAUUCGGACUCAACAUGGUCCUUCCGUUGGCCCUUCCUCUGCUGUUGCUCGAGAAUUGAGUUGGCCCAGCACCCGUAGUGUCAGUAGCAACAGCGAGGAGGACGCGUCGGGCUCCUUGCAUCGUAAGCGGAAGAGAAUGGAGAGCGCAGAUGAGGAAACUAAUCACAAUAAGAGCGGGGACUUGAGUUCACAGAUACGUAAGUAUAUUCAUCCGUUCGUGCUUUCUAUAUUGACAUCUUCGUAGAAAAAUUACGCGAAAGUAUCAGAAAUAAAAGGCGAACCAUGAAUUCCUCAUAUAGUAAAAUCAACCCUACAUCAACAUUUCAUUCCGCAUAUCCAUUUCGUCCUCUACCUCCAACCGCCUCUGGCCCCCCACAGUCCAUUGUUUCCCAAACGAGUUUUGAAUACCCCCUGGAACCGGUAUCCUCCUCGGUUGUACCUCAAGGA